GGUAAUCAGUACUAAAAUUUAACCAGGAAAGGCUGAACAUCCAUUGAUUACAAAAGGACGAAAGGCAGUUUCUAGUAAAAUAAUCAUAUUAUCAGAAUGAUAAAUUGCGGAGCAAUUGACUAGAAAAUUCUCUUAAGCGGUAUAACCCAUACUGGAACUAAGAAUAGGCUAUUUCCGAAAAUUUAUCAUUUUGCUUACCUAUAAAAAACAUUAUACAUAAUAGUUUACGACACAGAAUACUCCGAGAUAAUUUUGCAGUAGAUAAACCGUCUGCAUUAAUUUAAUAAUAUAUAAGUCAUCGAAUAUCCCUACUCUUAUAAAUUAAACAAUUUUAAAUCUCUAUAGUUGACAAUUAAACAUUACUUGACUAUAUAUUAUUAAAUUGUAUUUAUUAUUAAUUAUUAUAUUAUAUACUAAUCAUUAAUUAUAAUUAUAAUGUCUACAUCAACCGAUCUUACAGUCGAUAAAGAAUCGACAGGAGAUGAAUUCCAAGAAGAAAAACAUACAAAUAGAAUUGAAUCUAAUGGAGAACCAAGUUUAACUGGUAAUAGUAUAAGUGAAGAAGAUGAUGAAGAUGAUCAUCAUGUUCAACAAUUUGCUGGAGAAGAAGAAAUUCAUGAUAAUGAAUUAAAUCAUCCAUUAUCAAGAACUGCUAGUGUAAUUCAUAAAGUUCAAACUGGGGUAUCAUUCUUUAAUGACAAAAUUAAAUCUCAUAGAAAAUCUUUAGCUCUUAGAUUUGGAGUUAUUUAUCUUGUUAUGUCAGUAUUAAUUCUUGGAAUUUUUUCAAUUUAUUGGGGUUCAAUGAUUGGAAGAUUUGAUAGAAUUAGAAAUUUAAGAAUGUUGGUAGUAAUUGAUGAAGAAGAAAUGAAUGGAGUUCCACCUAUUUUUGGUGAUCAAUUAAGAACUAUUUUAGCAACUGGUGAAGCUCAAUAUUAUGGUGAUUGGCAUAUUUAUAAUCAUACUGAAUUUAUUAAUGAAUUUGGUACUGAAAGAUCAGUAGAAAAUGAAAUUUCAAGACAAAUCCAUCAUCAAAAUUAUUGGUCAUCACUUUAUGUUAAACCUCAAGCUACUUAUAAUUUUUAUCAAGCAUUAAUUAAUGGUGAUACAACUUAUAAUGCAACUAAUAAUAGUAUUAUUUCAAUUUAUGAAACUGGUAGAGAUUUUCUUAAUAUGAAUUCUUAUGUUCUUCCUUCAAUUGAAGGUAUAGAAUUUGCAUGGUUAGAUUUACAAUCUAAUGUAACUUUACCUUUAAUACAAAUUAUUCAAAGUGGAUCUCAUGCAAAUGUAUUUAAUAAUCCUUCAACUUUAGCUGUUCUUGGUUCAUCUAUUGGAUUUGGUUAUUUUGAUCAAAGAGUUUGGACUGAUCCAGUUAUAGUUGCUCCAUCUCAAGUUGGAUUAAUUUAUAUGAUUAUUAUGACAUUUUUCCAAUUUAAUUUCUUUGUGGAUGUUCAUAAAGAUGUACUUAAAAUUGGAAUUAAAAGAGUACAUUUUAUGAUUUAUAGAAUCAUUUCAUCAAUAGUUUCAUUUUUAAUUAUUAGUUUGGUUUAUUCAUUAGUAAGUUUAGCUGCUCAAGUUGAUUUUACAAAAUCUUAUGGUAGAGGAGGAUUUGUUGUAUAUUGGAUGAUCUCUUUCUUAUGUAUGUGGGCAGUUGGUCUUGCUAAUGAAAUUGCUGGUAUGUUACUUAUAAUUUAUUAUCCACCAGUAGUUGGAUUUUGGAUGUUAUUUUGGGUUAUUAUUAAUAUUUCUCCAACUUUUACUCCAUUAGCUUUAUCUCCAAAAUUUUACAGAUAUGGUUAUGGUUUACCAAUUCAUAAUGCUUAUGAAGCUACUAAAGUAAUAUUAUUUAAUACUUGGAGAGGUCAAAUGGGUAGAAAUGUUGGUAUUUUAAUUGCUUGGUGUGCAAUUUUAACUAUUGCUAUGCCAUUUGUUGUGAAAUUCUUUGGAAAGAAAAUGGGUGAAAAGGCUAGAGAAGCAAUGCAAGCACAAAUGAAAGAAAUGGCUGCAAAACAACAACAACAAGAAGAAAUUCAAUUUGAAAAGGAAAAAUCUGAACCAUGAACAUUAACAUUAACAUUAACAUUUUUUAAAUAUCUUAUUUAUUUAUUGACUCUGAUUUAAUAAUUUUCAAAUUUUAAUAGUUUUGUAUAUAGUUAGGGAAAUUAAUAGACGUUGCAUUAUG